AUGGCGUCCUUGAAUCUUUCAAAAGAUAAAACAGAUUCUGUAUGUAGCUUUAUGGGUCCAGACUGGAGUGGAAGUUCAUGCAUCUGCUGCCAAACCGACUAUGGCACUGAUUAUUCAGAUGAGGCUGCCGACAACCGUGAAGGAACCAAAUUGAUGCCUGGAGACUUCUUAUCUUCCCUCAAGCCUUUUAUUCUUUUGAUCCCUGCCUGUGAAAUGAUCUCCAGAAAUUUGUUGUUCCACUUCCAAUAUUGCAUGCUUUGUUUGCUUAGCUUUCAUACCAGACGCACUAGCCCCGUUAAUUUUCUUUCGUCUUACUGUGCAAAUACUACAUACGAACCUAACAGUAUUUCCGGCAGGAUUUACAGUAACAAUCUGUAUUCCGUGCUUGACGCUCUAUCUUCAAAUGCAUUUCGGACAGACACCGGUGGUUUCUACAAUAUCAGUACUGGCAAUGACCCUUCAAACACGGUCUAUGGCCUCUUUCUCUGUCGAGGCGAUGUCAGCACUGACGUUUGUGGACAAUGCGUAGCAAUAGCCGCCGUCAAAGUAAUUGAGGAGUGCCCGUAUCACGAGGAUGCUAUUGUUUGGUACGAGGAGUGCUUCUUACGCUUUUCUAACCAGGCAAUUUUCUCCAGGGUCGAUUCCUACGUUGUUCUUUCUAUGUACAAUGUGCAAAAUGUCACUGGACGGGACCAGGAGAAGUUCAAAACAACGUUGGAAAACCUGGUGAAUGACAUUGCGGUUCAGGCUGCAAAUAGAACUGGGGGCAAAAUGUUUGCUGUUCGAGAAGGCGAUUAUUCCAUGGGUAAGAAGAAAUUGUACACCCUUGCGCAGUGCACACCAGAUCUAUCCGCUCUAGACUGCGAAACUUGUCUCAGCAAUGCUAUAUCAGUGCUGCCCUCGUGUUGUAAUGGCAGAGUGGGAGGUAGAGUGAUGUUUCCAAGCUGUAAGGUAAGGUAUGAGGUUUACCCCUUCUACGGUAGUGUAUCCUCUGCACCACCGCCUACAUCCUCUGCACCACCGCUUCCGGCAAACUCUCCUGGUGGUCCUCCUUCUAGUUCCACUAAAGGCAAAGGGCGAAGCCUCCUACGAGCAGCUUUUCGGAUUGCUGUCCCACUAAUCAUUGUUGCAGUUAUGCUAUUUGUGAUGUCUUUUGUUUUCCUGAAAAGAAGAUUGAGGAAGAGAUAUGUUGAUGGGGCACUCGCAACAACUGGUGUAGAUGGAGUUGCUGAUAUCUUAACGGCCGAAUCCUUACAGUAUAGCUUAACUGAAAUUCAAAUUGUCACAAAUAACUUCUCUGUGGAUAACAAAAUUGGCGAAGGUGGAUUUGGCCGUGUAUACAAGGGUGUACUUGGUAAUGGACAAGAAGUAGCUGUUAAGAGGCUGUCAAGAAGCUCAGGGCAAGGUGCAGAAGAAUUUAAAAAUGAAAUUGUAGUAGUUGCAAAGCUUCAACAUAGAAAUCUAGUUCGACUGUUGGGAUUUUGCCUGGAAGGAGAAGAAAAGAUACUCAUCUAUGAAUUUGUUCCCAACAAAAGCCUUGACUACUUUCUCUUUGAUUCAGAAAAUAAACGAUCAUUGAAUUGGGCAAGACGUUACAAUAUCAUUGGAGGUAUAGCAAGAGGACUUCUUUAUCUGCAUGAGGAUUCUCGCCUUAGAAUUGUUCAUCGUGAUCUCAAAGCAGGCAAUAUAUUAUUGGAUGGAAAUAUGAGCCCAAAGAUAGCAGAUUUUGGCAUGGCAAGGAUUUGUGGAGUUGAUCAAUCUGAAGGAAAUACAAAUAGAAUUGCUGGGACAUUUGGUUACAUGGCUCCUGAAUACACAAGGAGGGGCCAGUUCUCGGUAAAGUCAGAUGUAUUCAGUUUUGGGGUUGUAAUUUUGGAAAUUAUCACCGGAAAAAAGAACAGCACCUUCUCCCAAUCUGAAGAUUCCGAAGACCUCGUAAGCUAUGUUUGGGAGCAUUGGAGACGUGGCGAAGCUUUAGCUCUUUUGGAUGCAAGCAUUGGAGAUUCUUAUGCCCAAAAUGAAGUCAUUCAAUGUGUCCAAGUUGGCUUACUGUGUGUUGAAGAAGAUGUCAGUAGAAGACCUAUAAUGGCUUCCGUGGUCUACAUGCUGAAUAGUAAUUCUGUUAUCCUGCCAACUCCACAUCGUCCAGCAUUCUUCCGGAGCAAUAGAUCAGAGAGCAGGGUGGAAGAGCUGGGAGUUAAUCAAUCUAAUAUCGAAAGAAUUUUAACUCAAAGUUCUGUAAAUGAGGCAUCAAUUACUGAACUAUAUCCUAGAUAAAGGAAAAAAACAAAGGCAGUACUAGAAGAAAACAUCAAGUGCAUCAUCAGUACCACAAUGUAUUUCUGGUAGCAUGACUCAUUUACCAGGAAGGUAUCUAAAGUUUCUCCACUAGUGUUGAAAAUUAGCUUCUUCACUCUGAUUGACUU